CUACAACUCACACUUGUCAAAUCCUUGUUUGCUUCUCUUUCCUCCCUCUGAUCAUCACAUACUGUAACGCAAAAGGAAGUGAGAUUAACAUUUCACACUCACAACUUAAUCAAUCAUGGCGACCUCUAAGCUAGCUCGGAUUCCUAGCAUGAGAGAGCGCGUGGAGGACACUCUCUCUGUUCAUCGUAACGAACUUGUUUCUCUCCUCUCCAGGUAUGUGUCUCAAGGUAAAGGUAUUUUGCAACCUCAUGUUCUAAUUGAUGAGUUUGACAACAUUAUCGGCGACGAUGAAGCUCGUCAACAGCUGAGGGAUGGUCCAUUUAGUGAAGUUCUUAAAUCUGCUCAGGAAGCAAUCAUUCUGCCUCCCUUCGUGGUCAUAGCAGUUCGUCCAAGACCAGGAGUUUGGGAAUAUGUCCGUGUUAACGUCCAUGAACUUAGCGUGGACCAAUUAACUGUAUCUGAAUAUCUUCACUUUAAAGAAGCACUAGUAGAUGAGACGUCUAAUGACAGAUUUGUGCUUGAGCUCGAUUUCGAGCCAUUCAAUGCAACUUUUCCUCGCCCCAACCGGUCUUCAUCCAUUGGCAAUGGUGUUCAUUUUCUCAACCGCCACCUUUCUUCCAGUAUGUUCCGUAACAAAGACUGUUUGGAGCCAUUGCUUGAUUUCCUUCGAACACACAGAUAUAAAGGACAUUCAUUAAUGUUGAAUGAUCGGGUUCAAAGCAUACCCCAACUUCAAUCUUCUCUGGCCAAGGCAGAAGAUCAUCUUUCUAAGCUUCCACCUGAUACACCCUUUUCUGAGUUUGAAUAUGUAUUACAAGGUAUGGGUUUUGAGAGAGGUUGGGGGGAUACUGCAGAACAUGUAUUGGAGAUGAUGCAUCUUCUCUUGGACAUCCUUCAGGCUCCUGAUCCCUCUACACUAGAGAAAUUCCUCGGGAGAAUACCAAUGGUGUUUAAUGUUGUCAUCCUGUCACCACAUGGAUACUUCGGCCAAGCUAAUGUUCUAGGUUUGCCUGACACUGGUGGGCAGGUUGUUUAUAUUCUGGACCAAGUGCGUGCCCUGGAGAAUAAAAUGCUUCUUAGGAUUAAGAGGCAAGGACUGGACAUCACUCCUAGAAUUCUUAUUGUGACCAGGUUGAUACCUGAUGCAAAAGGGACUACUUGCAACCAACGGCUUGAAAGAGUCAGUGGAACAGAACACACUCAUAUAUUGCGGGUUCCUUUCAGAUCAGAGAAAGGCAUUCUUCGUAAAUGGAUAUCUAGAUUUGAUGUAUGGCCAUACCUAGAGACCUUUGCUGAGGAUGUAGCAAGCGAAAUUACAGGUGAAUUACAGGGUUUUCCUGAUCUCAUUAUUGGCAACUACAGUGAUGGGAACCUCGUUGCAUCUUUGUUGGCUUAUAAAAUGGGAAUUACUCAGUGCACCAUAGCCCAUGCAUUGGAGAAAACAAAAUAUCCAGAUUCGGAUAUAUAUUGGAAGAAGUUUGAUGAAAAAUAUCAUUUUUCAUGCCAAUUCACUGCUGACCUGAUAGCCAUGAACAAUGCAGACUUUAUCAUCACCAGUACAUACCAGGAGAUUGCAGGAACGAAGAAUACUGUUGGUCAGUAUGAGAGUCACACAGCAUUCACUCUUCCGGGGUUGUAUCGAGUUGUUCAUGGCAUUGAUGUUUUUGAUCCAAAGUUCAAUAUUGUCUCUCCGGGCGCAGACAUGGACAUUUAUUUCCCGUACUCUGCAAAGCAAAAAAGACUUACAGCCCUCCAUGCUUCAAUAGAACAGUUGCUGUAUGAUCCUGAGCAGAACGAUGAGCAUGUUGGUACAUUGAGUGAUCGAUUGAAGCCUGUAAUCUUUUCCAUGGCAAGGCUUGACCACGUGAAAAAUAUGUCAGGAUUGGUUGAGUGCUAUGGUAAGAAUACCAGAUUGAGGGAACUGGUUAACCUUGUUGUCGUAGCAGGUUACAUUGAUGUGAAGAAGUCCAAAGACAGAGAAGAAAUUGCAGAAAUUGAGAAGAUGCAUGACCUUAUGAAGAAAUACAACUUGGAUGGUCAGUUUCGUUGGAUAGAAGCCCAAACAAAUCGAGCGCGCAAUGGUGAGCUCUAUCGCUACAUAGCUGACACCAAAGGAGCUUUUGUGCAGCCUGCUUUUUAUGAAGCUUUUGGACUUACAGUUGUGGAAGCUAUGACCUGUGGGCUUCCAACAUUUGCCACUUGCCAUGGUGGCCCUGCAGAGAUUAUUGAGCAUGGUGUGUCAGGAUUUCAUAUUGAUCCAUAUCACCCUGAUCAGACUGCUGAACUCAUGGCUGAUUUCUUUCAAAAGUGCAAGGAAGAUCCAAACCAUUGGACUAAAAUCUCUGAUGGAGGGCUUAAAAGGAUUUACGAAAGGUAUACUUGGAAUAUUUAUUCUGAAAGGCUACUGACAUUGGCUGGAGUAUAUAGUUUCUGGAAGUAUGUCUCGAAACUUGAGAGGCGUGAGACUCGUAGAUACCUUGAGAUGUUCUACAUUCUCAAGUUUCGUGAUUUGGCCAAGUCUGUUCCUUUGGCAAUUGACGACCAGCAUUGAGGUGCAGGUACUCAAGGAACUGCAUAUGUUAUGACCACCUACGUCGUGUAGUACAUAUAAUGUAUAAAUAUAAAUAAAGUGGGGUCAAUAGUUUGUUUGUGGAUGUAAAAGUUUAUUUAUGUUGUAUGUUUAAAGAGAUGUGUGACUCACUUGCUCCGGCAACUUCUCUAUGAAAGUCUUACACUAUUCCCUGAUGUUGGAAGUUAUUUGUGUAUCCUGGCUGUUGUGCUGAAAAAAAAAAAGAAAUUGUCUUGCCAAAUUUUUUUUGUUA